UCGAUUCGUCACAAUCGUCAGAUGACAAAAGAACGGCCUGUGCUCCAUUUUCUGGGUGACCUCAAAAUUUUUAGUCAUCCGCUAAAGUGGUCCUGAGCGUGCAACAAUUGCAGUAAGACAAAAUUUUGUCAACUUCCAGAGCAACGGUCUGUUGAAGUCUUUAAGAAGUUAUAGUCCGGCAAUGAUACAUAUUGCAAUUCUAACGAUGUCAGUGUCCCUUAUUAUGUUGGGAAACUUGGUUCAACCAAGCGACUCGCGGCGGUUCGGUUUUUUCAUUCGGGACCCCUCAGCGUGUCAGAAGCGAUGCGAUAGGAAGGAGGGCUACUUCGAGGACUCCCCCGGAGAUUUGGUGAGUGUGGCCAUCGGAAAGGUUUGGGGGAAAGGCGUCAAGUGCUUUUGCCGGACGAACGAGCGCUUUUCAAUGGCAAUCUUGCGAGAGACUAAGAAGCAGCAUCCGAUGCCGCUUCAAUUAGUGCCAUACGAUAAGAAAGCGGAGUAUCUAGCAGCGAGACAGCGUGCGAAUAACUAAUCAGGCGAAAAGCAGCAGGAAAGAGUACUAAAUUUGAAUUGGCAGAAUAUUUGAAUAGCUUAAGAGGCAUUGAAAGUGUGUGCGAUCUUUUUUCUUUAAUGGAUCCAAUUAUGUGCAUUGAGAACAAAUACAGUGGUCACGAAUAUAUAUAUUUAAAAAAAAAGGCUUGGUAAUUCUCCUCCUGCGUUUUAAUUGUAUAGACGUAAGAUCUAAAAUCACAACGGCAUAUACAGCUUUAGCGUAAGUAUCCGCACCUUCAUUUCUGAAUUGAUUUCGGACAAAAAGUCAACAAAAUCAGCAUGAUAUUUCUCCAGUGCUAAGGAAAAACGUCGCAUGAGCAUUUAUAAGUAGCCCUCAUUUUUCCGAAUAACAUAUUUCCUUUGUGUGAAAACUUGCUUCUUCUCAGCACUGCAUAAUUCCCCCGCUUUAUUCCUCCGUUCCUUUUUUGAGCAAGUAUACCUAAAAUGUCACUCCUGAAAAAGCAGUCUACAUUGAUAAUUUACAAAGAAAAGUUGGCGAAUAAAAUCAAAAAGUUUUCUGUGCUUUAA